CUCUCUUCGCUGUAAGGAGUUUCCUUACGUGGGCAGAAGGAGUCACUCGCUUAAAGGAGCCGCAGGAUGUCUGGCCGAGGCAAGCAGGGAGGCAAGGCGAGAGCCAAGGCCAAGUCUCGUUCUUCCCGAGCGCUCAACAAACUGCUGGGCAAAGUGACGAUCGCUCAAGGGGGCGUGUUGCCCAAUAUCCAGGCGGUCCUCUUGCCCAAGAAGACGGAAAGCCAUAAAGGCAAGUGAAGCUGCUGUUGCCUCGCCGAACUGAACCCAAAGGCUCUUAUUAGAGCCACCUACCUCCUUAAGGAAAGAGCUGACCGUCUCUUCCUCUUAUAAUGGGAAUAGCGCUUUUUGUUUGCUUGCUCCGGCACUCCGAAUAAUUGUCAAGAAGUCGUCAAACAGUGAUCGGCUUUGAACGAACACGAAGGUCAUUUUUUUAAAGCGUGUCUCAGAUUAAUUGAUUUAUAUCUUGUCUAUAGGAGCUCUAAUCUGCCUACAUCGUAGCCCUUUGAUCCCCAUUUUUUCUCCUAACAAGUCUUGGAUGGAUGGGACUGAGAGAUUAGGGGGAGGCACUGACCCAAAAUAAUUCAAUGAGCUUCCACAGCUCAGGGGGGACUUCAACCUUGGUCACCCAGGGGUUUAAUGCUGUCAGAAACAGCUGACUUACAUGGUGGGUCAGAUCUAAUGCUGUAGAUUAAAUGCUUGUUAUCUGGAGGGUUGAGAAGGGUUCAAGCACAGCGUGGGUGAGGCUUUGCAUCAUGCUGGAAGUUUAAAUAACUGGAGGCUGCGUUACCAGCCACUAAUGUGGUCCAAUGGGCUCGAAAUUUGUGUCCAAAAUGUGGAAGCGACAUGUACUUUUAACAAGAUCAGGUGUAAACAGAUUUCCAAAUCAGAAGACAAAAACAAAAUAUCGUUCAGUUAAUCUGUAUUUCCCCAAAGUUGCUCUGGAGCUCAGAGAAACAAGAGUGGCGGCUAUUCUCAGUGGGGGAAAAUAAAGUGGGUGUCUUCCCUUUUUUCAUCAGGGUGAGGUGUACCUUUGUAGCAAAGAAACAGCUGAAAAACAACUACCAAAAAUCCCCUAAGGGGUUCUUUACCUAUGCUGGUGAGAUCCCUGUGGGUUUUUUUUUCUUUUAGCUGCAGAAAUUAAAUCAGAUUGUUACUUGAAUCUACUGUCUUCAGAGCUGCAUUCCCUCCAGGUCCAUGACUUUGAAUGGAUCUGGUUUGGCAGGAAGCCGUGACCUGGUACUAGCCAGUUUCCAGGGAUAUGCUACAACUCAACACCUGAAAUCUGAAUAGGGGUGAAGGUUUGGACAUCACUGAAGUAGGAGAAAAAAAGUUCCAAAGCUAAUGAGGAAGGGUUGUUUUUUUCCCCCCUGUAAUAAUUGGUCUGCAGUGGGAUUUUUCUUCCACGUUAACCAAAGCAGUCAGGCAGACUGGGUUAAGGUUGGAAAACACCAUAACAGCACUCCUGGGAAUGUACAAGUCACACUGCCUCCAGCUUAAACCUAUAUUUGGAGCUAUCUGGUGAAUAAAAC